UUACCCACUGAGGCCGAUGUAGUCAGAUAUCCCUCGGAUGGCUCCGUGAUGAUUUUUACAGAUAUGUAUCGGCACGGCUUCAGACUGCCGUUUCAUCCGUGGGUUCAGAUGAUGUUGGCCAAGUUGGGGUAUGCACCGGGGCAGUAUAAUCCCAACUUUUGGAUUCUUCUUCAUGGGGUGUAUAUUGCCUGGUGGUUGGCUGGGUUAGGGGAGCCAACGUUUGAGCAAUUCAUGUACUUGUACUCCAUUUCGAAGCAGCAGGGGAAUUUUGGCUGGGUACAGGCGAAUUGCCGAAAGGCGAAGGAGAGAGGCUAUUUUAUUGGACACAAGCCCACUACGCAAAAGUCCUGGAGGAACAGGUGGUGCAUGGCCUACGGGGACUGGGAGAGUCCUCCAGGGAAGAGCGUUGUCCAGCACAUUCCUACCCACUUCCAGUCUAUAGGUCCUUGGCCCCAUCCCUUAAGAUUGUCCAAUGCCUGAUUGUGUUGUCUUGGCUCCUAUUUUCAGUUCUGUAUUUUUUUUUGUGCCAGUGUAAAUGGCUAAGUAGUUUCUAACUCUUGAUGCAGGUUCAGUGAAGUGGGGCCCUAUCUCCAAGGAGCAAGAAGACGAGGUUGAGUGGGUGAGGGCGCAGCUAUCAGAGACUGAGCGUGAGUGCGGGAACCUAGUCACGCAGAAGAAUUUGUUUGAGUCUGGACUGCUGCAAGGAAGUAAGUACCUGGGUUAUCUUUUUGUUGUGUGUUGAACCUUUGCGAGUUUGAGUAAUAGAAUUGCUUUGUUUGUUUUGACAGUGGCUGGCAUCAUAAGGGGGAGCACGAAGGUGGCCGUAGACAUUGAUGAGGCCGAGAUGCAGAAGCGGCUGAGGGAGUCUCGUGCCAAGAAAGCUGAGAAGAGUGCUGGAAAACGACCCAGGGAUGAUGAUGAAGGUCGGGUCGCGGACGUGCUGGGGAAAAGGAAAGCCUUGGAGGAGGCGCAUCAGCGUGUGAUGGGGUCAGGGCCGAGACUUCCGCCUUUUGAUCUGCAGGCACCGCCGAAGCUACCCUUCGGCAUGGAGGACGUGUUCGCUGAAGGGGUAGAGAAGGUAGACUUCGGCAGGCUACGCCAGCAGAAGAAGGAGGUCAACCUGGCUAUGCACCGGCAGGAGGUGCCUUUAGUGAACGUCUUCCUGGAAGGCGUGAAGAGCGACCCUGAGGCUCUGGCGAGGACUCCAGCUUCUUCCUUCAUUGACUGGGCCCAAAAGACGAUCCUCACCUCUGCCUAUGCCUUUGGCGAGAUGUACGUCAGCAUGGCCAAGGCUGACAAGGAGAUCCAGAGGCUGAAGAGGCGGGAUGAACAAGCCAAGAGCAAAGUGGCGGAGGCGCAGGAGGCCAUCCGAGAGAAGAACGCCUUGCUGGUGCAAAAGGCGGCCCUGGCCAAUGAGGUGGAUGAGCUGAAGAGGUCGAAGGCCGAGGAGCUUCGCUGGGAAGAUAGGUUGGUUAGGUUCAACCCCUCGGUGGAGAUUAACUUUGACACCAGUGGCGAGCCUCCUGCACAGACCCCUCCUGCUGACGCUAGCGCCCCGACACCAGAGGCUGAGCCGGCUACUGAGGAUGCCCCUUCGACCGAGUCCUGA